AUGGCAGCUCCUCCUUCUUUGAACUUAUUAGCGGAAAUUAGAUUAAUUAAUAGAAUUAUAUCUCAACAUGGAAUAAAUUUUUCUGGUUCAUUUAGUUAUGUGAAUGGAUAUUUUCGUGAAUAUUUGUUAAUUCUUUUAGAUUAUAAAUCAUUAUUAUUUAUAAGAUUUGUAAUGUAUAUUUCUUCUUUAGUAAUUUAUUAUGGAGAUAGAUAUAUGAUAGGUGAUUAUAAUUUAUCUCGUUUUAUUAUUUUGGUAUUAAUAUUUGUAUUAUCUAUGAUGUUUUUAAUUAUUAGUCCUAAUUUAAUUAGAAUUUUGUUAGGAUGGGAUGGAACUUAUUAUCAGAAUGUAAAAUCUUAUAAUGAUGGUAUGAUUAUAGCUCUAUCUAAUCGUAUUGGUGAUGUGGCAUUAUUAUUAUCUAUUGCUUGA